GACUUGAGCCUAGCCAACUCGUUUCUUCCUUAAACUUGACUCCUCCAUCAAAAUCCCCUCCAAAGCCCACCAAUGUCGGAUUGAAAUGGAUCAGUCGGGGGACGCCCAGGCAUCCCACGCUCCAGAAACCGCUGCCGAAGAAUCGACUAACGGUAUCGUUACCAAACGUCGUUGGAGACGCAAUCGAAUUGCAUGCGACUCCUGCCAUUCGCGUCGCGUCCGCUGCGACCGAGCGUUUCCAUGUUCACGCUGCCUGCGCAGCGACAUCCGCUGCGAAUUCACUCGCGAACGUAGGAAGAGAGGUCGCAUCGCUAGAUCCCGAUUGACGGAGACCGACGUGGUGGUGGAGCGAGCGACCAGACCGGCCGACGAACAACCUGCGGCUCCGGCGCUGGCAGAGGCAGCCGGCGGUUUAGCCGGAAAAGGCUCUCCUGUAUCACUUUCGCACCACAAAUCCCCUUCCACGAACGAGGUCGCCGCUUCAGCUCCGAGUAUCGACGGGCGACGCUCCCAAGCUGAUGCCCCGCUCCCGCCUCACGGAUCAAGACCUGGUGAAAAUCCGACGGAGGAAUGGUUGUCUGCCACACAUGUGUCGCCCGGGUCCUACGAGCCUCUGGGAGGGAUGGGGCUGGGCGAGGGGCCUUUUCCACGGAUGUUCGACAUUUGGCAUGGAGUUGAUCUAGCGGGCUAUAGCGAUCCAACCUCGAUUGCAUCCAAAGCCACAGGCAUGGGACAAACCCCCGGGCCAUCCGUCGCACCAUUGAAAUACCCGGUGCUGAUGCCGCUUAUCCCGUUCCUCGAAGGGAAUCUGCCUCGCAAACUUGUGUUCGAUCUUCUGGAGUUAUAUUUCACCAGCGCUUUUUCGACGCAUAUGCACCCGGUCUGUCAUCACAUCCAUUGCUAUGUUUUGCGAAAGGCAUCAUUUAUCAGUCGCGAGACCCCUCGUCCGAGCAGUCCUGCUCUUCUAGCCAGCAUGCUCUGGGUUGCCGCGCUGGAUGAUCGUGCUUUUGCCUUGCCCAUAUCUCCACCACAGCGCAAGAAGAUCUGCCAGUUUCUGUGCGCCCUCACAAUAAGACUUCUUCGCCCGUUGAUCCAUGUUUCAUUUAAGGAUUCCGAGGGCGCGACCGCGAGCGAGUCCGCGUACGCGGGUCUUGGACCAGAGGGUCCACCAACAACUGUUCACCAUCCGUUCGAAGCUGGAGGAGAUGAUAGGGGCCUUGUUGGUCCUGCAGGUUCCCUAGACGAUGUCAUUACAUAUAUUCAUGUGGCCUCAAUAAUCUCGUCGAGCGAACAGAAAGCCGCUAGCAUGCGAUGGUGGCAUGCUGCAUUCACUCUAGCGCGAGAACUCAAGUUGAACCAAGAGAUCGAGGUAGUACCUAAUGAGGAGAGCCAUCACACGGACGGCUCCAGUCCGUCGUUCGAUUACGCGUUGGCAGGCUGGAGUGGCGUGGACACGGGCCCCUUUUUUGAUUACUCCAACCCUGCUCGGCCAAGCCUCAAUUGCGUAUGCGAUCGUACCCACGAUGUACGCACCACAAUUACCGAAGAGCACCGCGAGGAGCGACGGCGGACGUGGUGGCUAUUAUACAUCAUGGACCGUCACCUUGCGCUUUGCUACAACCGUCCACUGGCCUUGCUCGACGCCGAGAGUGAAGAUCUGCUUUUGCCACUCGAUGAAGGAUCGUGGCAAGCGGGCAAUAUUCAUAGCAACAGUCCCAAGACCGAUGGGCCACAGUGUCUGUUGUCGGGUGAGAAGAACAAACGUCGCAUAUUCCCCAAUUUUGUCUGUCACGAUCAUUCCAUCUUCGGGUUCUUUCUUCCCCUGAUGACCAUCACUGGCGAAUUGAUAGACUUGAAUCAAGCGCGGAAUCAUCCGAUGCUAGGGACGCGGUUCAAUGGGAAAGACGCUUGGGAUAGCCACGUGAGUGAGGUGCUACGACAACUUGAUAUCUAUAAAGCUAGCCUCACGACUUUUGCGGCCAUCGCCUCCGAUCCGGAUGGUCCCAUGCCUGGCGCUUUCCCUCCGAAGCCCGACCAGCAACCGACUGAAGCUUCGCUUGCGCAAGCCUAUUCGUGGCAUACACAGACUGUGAUCUCCUAUGCCUCCUACCUGGUUCAUGUGCUCCAUAUUUUGCUGGUGGGGAAAUGGGACCCGGUGUCCUUGAUUGAGGACAAAGACUUCUGGACCUCUUCCCCUGCAUUUGCUUCGACCAUCUCGCACGUGUUAGAGGCUGCAGAUUCGGUGGACCACAUUCUGCGGUACGACCCAGACAUCAGCUUUAUUCCGUACUUCUUCGGAAUCCAACUGCUCCAGGGCAGUUUCCUCCUACUGUUGAUUGUGGAACGAUUGCAAAAGGAGGCGGGUGAGGGGAUUCUGAAUGCGUGCGAGGUGAUGAUCCGUGCCACGGAAUCAUGUGUUGUCACCCUGAACACGGAAUACCAGCGGAAUUUCCGGCAGGUCAUGCGGAGUGCCGUGGCCCAGGCGCGCGGGCGGCCAGUUAAUUACAGCGAGAUUCGACACCGACGCAAAGCAGUGCUAGCGCUCUACCGAUGGACACGGAAUGGCACGGGGUUGGCCCUGUGAGGUUAAGCGACGCGGCGACGGCCUCUACGGGACUGCAUUAUUGACCGGGGCAGAGGUGGCAAGGAUCUUAAAGAACUCGUACUAAGUAUUUGCCGGGGUAAGAUCUAGCCCCCUUUCCCCGGAGUGAUAUGCAGGCACAUGCUGCUGCAUGGUCGUAGUUCUUCGAC